AUGGAUCGGGAAUUCGAGAAGUCUCUUUGUCUUGGGACUGGAAUUUCUUUCAUUUUGCUUUCGGUUUUGAUAUCACUUCCAAACAUCUUCGUUCUCAUUGCGUUGUACAAGAACCCUUUUCGCUGUUUCAAAAAAUCCUUUGCUGUAUUUCUCGUUUUUAUUUCUUCAGCUGAUUUAUUUGCUGGAAGUGUGGUUUGCACUGGAGAAGCCGUAAUGCGAUUUUCCUGCGCCUUUGGAGACAAAACGCUACCAAAGGAUGGAGACGUUGUUAAAUUGUUGGGAUACACAGGAGUCAACAGCUCUAUCUUAUUGGUAACAGCAAUGUCUGUGGAUCGCUUUAUAUCAGUAACUUUUCCCCUCUUCUAUCGCAACAAGGUCAAGCGAAAUCACCUUAUUCUGUGCAAUGCGAGUAUUAUUGCUUUCUCGACAAUGUUUGCCUUGCUACAAAUUACCGGAAUCUCAAUUGAUACCUAUGUGUCAAUAGAUAUACAUCUGCAUACGACAUUUCCUCUUGCAACGACUUCUGUGUGUUAUGCCGGAAUAUUCGUGAUAGUACGAAAACGUACCCGGGUUGAUAUUCCAAGAGAACACAGAAUGCGUGGUGAACCAGCACUCCACGUCAUGCGUAGGGUCGACAACGCCAAAAAUGAACGGAAAAUUGCUAUAACAUCGUUGUUAAUUUUGCUGUUUCUAAUAUCAUCACUUGUACCUUAUUUCAUAACAGUUAUUCUGGAGGCAAACUGUCUCGCUUGUCGUGAACAAAAGUGGCUAUUUGUACUCAAAGAAUCAUCAGUCGUGUUCUUGUUUUUCAACUCUUUUGUCAAUCCUUGUUUAACAACCUUUCGUGUUAACCAACUGAAAGAGUCUGUCAAAGUAGUGUGUUUCCACCGACGCUAA